CCAAGGCGACCCCCUUGGACCCAUGUUAUUUUCUGUCGCCUUGCAUCCAUUUCUUUUGGAUCUCCAGAAGAACCACUCAUCCACCCGUGUCCUAGCCUACUUGGACGAUAUGUUUUUUAUUGGGCCAAUGGAGGAUGUUUUAUUAUGCUUGAACGAUGCGGAGUCUAGCUUAAAAGAAAUUGGUCUCAACGUAGCAAUCGAAAAAUGCGAGCUUCUGUGCAAUGGUCUCCCAGACCAUCCCCAUCUCGAUAGAGCUAUUCGAGUUGUGUCUUCUGGAACAAUCAUAUUGGGGAUUCCCAUUGGUCAUCAACACUAUGUCACCGAGACUUGUUUGGAAUUUGCUAAAGGAGGACAGGGUCUAUGUGACGAGCUUGCUUCCUUGGAUGACCCCCAGUCUGGUAUGCUAAUUCUACGCUAUUGCCACACAAAUCGAAUAAAUCAUCUUGCCCGCUCAGUGUAUCCCACUCUGCUGAAACCCGCUACCAGGUUCCAUGAUGAGCUAACGAAGGCAACUUUCCGGGAAUUGGUCUGUUGCCACGAUAUAGGGGAGCAACAGUGGCUGCAAGCAACAUUGCCAAUCCGGAACGGUGGGUUUGGCAUGUCCUCUAUGGAGUCAACUUGUCCAAUCGCGUUUGUAUCAAGUUGGGCCCGUUCUCUAGCUCACCUCCCUCAAUCAUUUGGUGAUCUCACAGACUUAGUCAAAAAUAUCUUUCGUGCAGUCCAACAUCCAGGUCACAACGGAUCAAUCGCCUCUCAUCUUUUGCAGGCCCUGCCAGGAAAUAAGAGCCUCGUUGAACUUAUCAACAACCCGAAAAAGCUACAGCAAAAGCUAAAAUCGGAGCAAACGGAACAAAUUGUGUCGUCUAUUCUCUCAAACCCACUAUCUCAGCGCUCAGCUGCUUGGUUCAGGUCGCUACAGGGACUCGAAGCAGGCGCAUGGCUUGACUCAAUACCUUCUUCUGCGAAGCUUGCAUUAAAACCCAGCGAUUUUCGCUUAGCAACACGCAUGAGGUUGGGUCUUGAAAUGCCCCUCGGUUCUGUUGUCCCUGUAUGCGAAUGCGACAAAGACAUUGAUAAAGACGGCUAUCACCUUCUCACAUGUAAGACCGGUGGUGGGCCAAUAUGGACUCACGAGACAUUGUCUAGUGUUUGGAGCGACUGUCUACAGCAUUUGAAGAUGUCCCAUCAGUGGGAACCAAGGAAUCUUUACGUUAAUAGCGACGACCGCCCCGACAUCGUUGUCUUUGACGCUCAACAGGGUUGUGACAUUGAGCUGGACAUCUCGGUGGCCCACCCAUGGGCACUACAUGUGAUCUCUCGAGCAGCUCAGGAAGACGGUGCGGCCGCAGCUACCCGUGAGGUCAAGAAAUCAGAAAAAUACGCUAAAGAAAGGGACGUCUGGGGCCUCCCCUCCAAAUGCAUCCCAUAUUAGUGUUCGAACACUUCGGACGUUGGGGCUCAGAGGCAGCUCAAUUCCUACACCGCCUGUCACUCCAGUCUAUAGACGAAGACGAAGAAAGAACAGUUAUGAAUUUAAGUUAUUGUGGCGUAAAUGCAUGUCGGUAGCUUUGCAAAGGUGUAUGCUAGCGUAAUUAGCAGAAAGUUGGCAAGACUGGGACAUUCUUCAUUCGCACGUAGUUAAAUUAUGGCGUCGGCCGUUUGGGCCAGACUACAAUGUAGUAGUGUUGUUCUUUGAAAAUAUAUGUAUUGACAGACA